AUACUUGUUGCUCUUUGCUUGCAGCAUGAAAUAGCAUAUGUUACCCGUGACUUGGAAAAAGAUUUCGAGUUUAUGGUAGGAAUGGUUUUUACAAGUGAACUUGAAGCAUAUCAUAAAUAUGUAGCCUAUGCUAUAAGUAAAGGAUUUGGAGUGAGGAAGUCUAAGACUAGAAAAAACGACAAAGGAGAAAUAACUCGACGCACUUUUCUAUGUAAUUGUGAGGGUUAUUCUACCAAUUCAUCUGAACAAGAAAGAAAAUAUGAAAGACUUGAAGUUAGAUGUGGGUGUCCUGCAUUUAUUAGAUUUAAGGUUGAGAAUGGUAUUUAUGAAGUUAUAGAGUAUGUUCGCGAGCAUAAUCAUGGAUUUAUACCUAAACAUCAAAGGCACUUGAUAAGAUGUGGAAGAAUGAUUCCCGAUACUUGCAAGGGUGUUUUAGUCGAUAUGACUAAGGCUGGUAUUGGAGGGACCAUGGCAUAUAAGUUCUUAGCAAAUGAAGCAGGAGGAAGCCAAAACUUGGGUUUCAUCCUGCGCGAUUGUCAAAAUUUUUUGCAAAGUGAAAGAUUGACUCAUAUAAGUGGGGGUGAUUGUCAAAGUCUUCUGAAUCAUUUUCAUCGCAUGCAAAUGCAGAAUCCAAUGUUUUUCUAUGCACAAUAAGUAGAUCAAGAUGGUAGAUUGACAAAUCUAUUUUGGAGAGAUAGUUUGGCCAAAUUUGAUUAUGAUUGUUUUGGUGAUGUGGUGGUUUUUGAUACCACGUAUCGUACUAACAAGUAUAAUAUGAUAUGUGCACCUUUUGUUGGAAUCAAUCAUCAUUGGAAGAAUACUUUGUUUGGUUGUGCAUUUUUGUUGGAUGAGACCGCAAAUUCAUUUAUUUGGUUAUUUGAGAUGUUUUUGAAUUCUAUGGAAAAUAAGGCUCCAAAAACCAUUUUCACCGAUCAAGACCAAGCCAUGGCAAAAGCCAUUCGAACGGUGUUUCCGAAUACUCAACGCCGUUUAUGCACAUGGCACAUUGGGAAAAAUGCCAAUCAAAACAUUCCACAUCUUUACCACAAGUCAGAGUUCAAGGAUAAAUAUUUCUCAAAACUUAUGUAUAAGUGCAAAUCAGAGGAUGAAUUUGAAUGUACUUGGAGGAAAA